AUGACCGAUCGGGAUAAUUUAGACUUGAAGGACAACUCCACUGGCCAUUUGAAACACUUUGGCAAGAAUUUUUAUAAACCAAAAUAUUGGAAUAGUAAAAACAAAACCGGUUAUUUAAUUGCAACUAUUGGUUUAUUGGCUUUAAUCGUAUUUGGGUCAGUUGGAUUUUUGGUUUCAUAUGCCAAAAAGUAUUAUGGUUCCCCAGACCCAGAAGUUUAUGAAAUCCUCUCACCAUAUCAAUAUCCAACAUUAGCAGCGAUAAGAACAUCUUUAAUUGAUCCAGAUACCCCUGAAGAAGCAUAUGAAAUGUUUUCUUCUGAAUCAAAAGACACUUGGAAAUUGGUGUUUUCCGAUGAAUUCAACGCAGAAGGACGAACUUUUUAUGAAGGAGAAGACCAGUUUUUCACAGCCCAAGACAUACACUAUGCAGCUACAUCAGAUUUGGAAUUCUACGUACCUGAUAUGAUUCAGACAAAGAAUGGUACCUUGCAAAUCAAAGUCGAUGCUUUUCCAACUAAUGGAUUAGAUUAUAGAUCAGGCAUGCUUCAAAGUUGGAAUAAGUUGUGUUUCAAUAAAAAUGCAAAAGUGGUUGUUAGUAUCAAAAUGCCAGCAUACUCUCAAUCCAGAGGUUUAUGGCCUGCUAUUUGGUCUUUAGGAAAUUUGGCUCGGGCAGGAUUUCAAGCCACCACCGAUGGCGUUUGGCCCUAUACAUAUGAUGAAUGUGAUCUUGGUAUAACCCCAAAUCAAUCAUCUCCCGAUGGUAUAUCAUACUUGCCUGGCCAAAGACUUAGUAGGUGUACUUGUUUUGAUGAGGAUCACCCUAGUCCUGGAAUUGGUAGAGGUGCUCCAGAAAUUGAUAUAAUUGAAGGAUCCCAUGAUAAACAAGCAAAUUGGGGGUUGGGAGUUCAAACUUUACAAGUUGCUCCUUUUGAUCCUUGGUGGAGACCAGAUUAUAGCUAUAUGAAGAUACGAGAUAAAUUUGUUACUUUUAUGAAGGAAGAUACUGGAACACCGACCCAAGAGGCAAUUGCUGCAAUUACAGUUUUGAAUAAUACUUGGUUUGAUUCAGUCCGUAACGAUAGCGACAAUAAAGAACCUUUAGAUGAUAAUACUCAUUUCCAAACAUAUGGUUAUGAAUACAUGAGUGCUAAAACAAAUGAAAGGGAUAGUUACAUCCAAUUCUUUCUAGGAAAUGAUCCAACACUAACAAUUUAUGGCGAUGCUUUACAUCCAGAGACUGGUGUAGGCUGGAGACAGAUCUCUCGAGAGCCAAUGUCAUUAGUAUUUAAUUUAGGUCUCUCUCCCACCUGGAUGGAUAUUGACUUUGCUUCUUUAGAGCUUCCAGCCGUACUUGAGGUGGAUUAUGUAAGAAUAUAUCAGCCAAAAGACUCGGUUGAAAUGACUUGUGAUCCGGUUGACUAUCCCACUACCGACUAUAUAAAUAGACACAUGAAUGCAUAUACCAAUUUCAACUUGACUUCAUGGGAACAGGCUGGGUACCGAAGGCCCAAGAACAAGAUGAUGGACGGUUGUGAAGCUCCCGUGCCAGUGUUUUAA